GUGCGUCCCUUACGGAAACCGGGUUUGUUACUAAGUUUAAUCCAAAGAAGAAUCCAGAACUUAGAAACCAUUUCUCUCCUUCCUUCCUUUUUUUUGCUAUACCUGCACACAGUCAGGUACUUUCUACACACUGAUGCACUCGGGUUCUUUAACCUCGUGUGCAUCUGCAGGUAGACACGAGAAUGAGCAUUCUAAGAGGCGAAAAUCCCGCGAAGGUCAAGAUAUGAUAAGCAACCUACCUGAUUUUAUUAUUGCUCACAUUCUUUCCUUUCUUCCUACUAAAUUUGCAGUUUGUACUAGUGUUUUAUCAUGGAGGUGGAUAUACAUGUGGACAUUUGUCACAAAACUAAGCUUUAAUGACAAGGAGCUUCCUUUUUCUUAUCCCCGUGAGAGCGAAAAAACCCGCUUUAUGAACUUUGUAUAUAGGGUACUUCUUCAUUUGAAUAGUGCUAGCAUCAAAGAAUUUUCUCUUGAAAUUUCACAAAACCUUGACUCCUACCAUAUCAAUCAGUGGAUAUCUGCUGUUUCAAAUAAGAGCGUAAAAAAGAUUAGUAUUUGGUCAUUGUAUGGGUGUAACCUUUCUUCUUAUCCCCUUUUGAAAUGCCAAUCCUUGGAGAAGUUGGUGCUAAAGACGAUGGAUAGGUUUAUCAUCAAAGUUUCAACUCUUGUUCGUCUUUCAUCCCUCACAGUCCUGAACUUGAUAGGAGUCACAUUUACUUGUUACGGUUCUAAUGAACCGAAAGAGUUAACCCUUAAUUUACCGGUUCUUAGAAAGUUUAAGAUAUUGAGGUGCACUUGGUUAAAUGUAAAAAGUGUCACUGUAGAAGCGCCUCUACUUGAAGUGGUUUCACUAUCAUAUAAUGAGUCACUUGCUGAUAUUAAGUUUUGUGUUCUGCAUCUUAAGAAAUUCUAUUAUUGCGGUAAGACAUCAGCAGAGACAGUUGUGCUUGAUGCGGAGAUUGAUUCUACUAAUAUUGAGCUACUCAAUUUAAAGGAGGAGAAUGUGGAAGAGACUUUUAUUUGCCAACUUCUUAGAAUUAAUGCAAAGUGUUUAAAGCUUUACCUGGAAACCGACUGGGAGAAUUUUGUAGGAUUGCAACAUUAUUUAGAUGAUAUUCCUGCAUUUGGGAUGUUGAGAUAUCUUGAGGUAAACUCUGUUCCUGCAGAAGUUUUGUUAGGCUUACUAUUAAAAUCACCGUGUUUGGAGACUCUAGUUUUCCAGAUGACAGAUUUUGAUAAAGAACUGUCUGAUUCUGCAAUUGUGCCUGACUGUUUUCUAUCUACUCUUAAAGAGGUAGAAUUUGAAAACAUUUCUGGUUAUAAGUGGGAGUUAAAUUUUGCCAAAUUUGUGAUGGAAAAUGCUUGUGUAUUGGAGAAGAUUAGUUUCUCAUUUUCUGAUAAGUUGCAAGGCUUGGAAUUGGAAAAAGUUAAAGAGAAACUAGUUUUAAUUGAGACAAGUUGUAACAUAGUGUUUAUAGAAUAUGUAUAACAAUCUUAUGUUACAUGAGCAUUUUUAAAUUGUGUGAAAGUAUUCAAGUACUAUUACUGUGAUUGUUUAUUUAUGUGUGUGACUGUGUGAUCAUCCAAGAUUCCUACGUUGCUUAUUGAAUAUCUUUGUUAAA